AUGAGUGAGGACGAAGAGUGGGUAAAAACGGCAAUGAUUGAUGACACUGUGGUGGUGGAGCUCCUCGUUCGGCUAAACCAAUCUCAACAUCCGCCGCCUCCGCCGGCGGAGGCGAUUAAGCAGCUUAAGUGGAGCAUCCGUCAACGCCGGUCCAGACAUGCCGCAGUUAAGCCGUCUACCAGAGCCAGCCCCACAACGCCACUGUCAUGGAGCGGCGGUGCCACCUCUCUCAGUGGCGGCCAUGAUGAAUCCAGUCAUUCUCCUCCUAAACUCGCACGCCAUAAAAGAUCUAAGAUUAAUAACAAUAGUGAAAAAUCAACCAUCAAGAGAUCAAGAAAGAAGAAGACCUUAACUGAACUGAAAGAAGAGGAGGACUUGCUACUUAAGGAACGAAGAGAAUUGAAGAGGGAAAUAUCAGCUUUACGAGUCAAUUUGGUGAAACAAAGGGUUACCAAUGAAGGCUUGAAGAAAAUGAAGAUGGAAUUUCAACCACUUAUGGAACAAGGAUCAACAACUGUAUCCGAGACAAAAGUUUCUGUUCGAGUUCAGGAAAACAUUGCAGCUUGUCAACCUAUCCUUCCUAUCACACCGUCCUCAAUUGUCUCUAAAAACAUUGUUGGGCUGCAAUUCCCGACAUCAGACGACUCUCCUGAAAUGAAGGCAGUUGCGGUUCCUGAGGGUAAAUUCAUGCUUCCAGAUCUAAAUAUCGCGUUCGAUGAGGAAUCCGGAUAUGAAGUCAGCUAG